AUGCCCGAUUUAUCAUUGUACAAACAGACGGUCGAUUUGUACCUUUCCAUUGCUCCUGCGCAUAGCAGGAAUCCUCUUGCUGCCAUUCAUGAGCAUCUGGAUAGUAUGAUUCUCAGCAAAAUGCCUCGAAUCAAUGGAAUUUUGUUGGCGUACGACAAUGUUCAAUUUUUGGAUAAGAGCGCAAAAGUCAUGUAUGAUUCUCCAUUUUCCUAUUGUUGGAUUCGUGUAGACGUUUUAGUUUUUUCUCCAAAGAAAGGAGAUCGUCUUGAAGGAAAAAUUAAUUUGGUGAGCCCUAGUCAUAUUGGUCUUUUGAUUUUGGGGAUUUUCAAUGCAUCCAUUCCUCGGAAGUCCAUUCCUUCUUCUUGGACCUUUAGUGAACCGGAUACUACAGAAGAACAAGGCCGCUGGAAGACUAAGGAAGAGAAGACCGUCGAGCCUGGGCAGUCGUUGGAAUUUCAAGUAGAUGGGCUUCAACGAGAGGCUGGCUUGACAAUGGUGCAGGGAACGUUAAUCGAAAAAUCUUAG